AUGUUGAUGAGAAACAGGUUGCGGAAUAAAAAGGUUCUUAUCAUCCUUGAUGAUGUGGAUUGUGAAAAGCUACUGUCGGCAUUAGCAGGGGAUCAGAAAUGGUUUGGUCCAGUUGAGCCGCUUCAAACCGCCGAUGCUUUGCAGCUAUUUAGUUUGUCAGCCUUCGACAAAACCAAUCCUCCAGAGAAUUACAAGUAUCUAUCUAUGAAUUUUGUGCAUUAUGCCGGAGGCCUUCCUUUAGCUCUUAAAGUUUUGGGUCGCUUCUUAUUUGAGAGAACGAUAGAUGCAUGGAAAAGUGCUAGGGAUCAAUAG